UCCUCCAGUCACCCGGCGGCCGUACCGGGACAGUCGGCUCUUGACAGAGUGAGAGGACGGACCGCACUGAUUUAUUUAAGCUCAACUUUAGAUCAACUUUGACAAAACAGAUCAUUCACUGGUGUCGGUGUUUUUCAUCGCCUCUCUCCAUCACGCACUUGUUGGCCAUGGGACUCCUUCUGACCAAGUUGAUGACUGUGUUCGGUGACAGAGAGCACAAAGUCAUAAUUGUGGGCCUGGACAACGCUGGGAAGACGACCAUCCUGUACCAGCUCCUGACGAAGGAAGCGGUCCACACGUCGCCCACAAUCGGCAGCAACGUGGAGGAGAUCUCCGUCCGAAACACUCGCUUCCUGGUGUGGGACAUCGGUGGCCAGGAGAGCCUCCGAGCCAGCUGGAUCUCUUACUACUGCAACACAGAGAUUGUCAUUCUGGUGGUGGACAGCACUGACCGGGAGCGCCUCACAUUAACCAAAGCAGAACUGCAUCGCAUGCUGGCACAUGAGGACCUGCAGAAUGCCGCCAUUCUGGUUCUGGCCAACAAACAAGACGUGAAGGGCUCCAUGUCGGUGGCAGAGAUCUCCCAGAACCUCACACUCAGCUCCAUCACCGCUCACCCCUGGCACGUCCAGGCCUGCUGCGCCCUGACAGGGGAGGGUCUGCCUGCCAGUCUGGACUGGAUGAGGUCGAGGGUGAUAGCAAACUAAAUCCAGAAUGGAGCAAGGCCCUGAAACCAGCCGCCCUUUAAUCCUGCGCCAGCCUCUCAGGAACGGCCACCGUGCCCAGAUCAGAACCGGGACUUUUUAUCGUGUGUUGGACAAGUUCCUGUGAGCACCAGCUCCGUCUUAAAGCCUGCCAUUUCCUUACCCAGCUGGGAGAGAGUCUACCGGGGGCGGCUCUGGGUGAGAGUCUGCCUCCGGAUGAAUGAGCAUCAGAAAACCUGUCAGCGCUUAUGGCCGUUGGCAGGCUGGGAAAUGCCACUGGCCGCCAAAAAUGUUGAUCAAUUCUGACUCAGGGUGGUGAUUUUAUUUAUUUAUUUAUUUAUUCUUGCUCCGUCAGCCGCUGUCCCACACAACCGAGCACAGUUUUUGAGGUCCAAUUUUAUUCUAACAACCGAGUUAGUUUGUAAAACUGUGAAAGUGGCCUUCUGGGAUUGAUCAGCCACUGUGGGUGUACUAAAAAAAGAAAAAAAAAAGUGUUGUACCCAGUCCUUAGUUGUGUGAGUGUGUAGACGUGCAGCGAGUGUGUCCUGUGUAUUUACAGGAACUGUCCCGUAGUGUCCCCAAUGUCGAGGUCCAAAAUAUUUACAUAAGGGAUCCUGCCUGAAUUGGGAGAUCUGAGUCCAUUUUCCUCUAAUAAGCUAAUUAGUGACCAUGACAGCUCAGUUAAUUUAUUGUGCCAUGAUAAUGUACCAUUAAAUUAGAUGUAUGAAGUGGUUUCUAAAAUGUCAUUCAUUCAUUACUAAACCGGAACAAGUUGCACCACAAAAAUGUGCCACAGCUGAAGUAACAAAUCGGUAUGCAAGGCAUGUAGCCAGCCAUCAAUGACACUGAAGCAUGUUUUACGCACGCAUUUUUUUUUUUUCAAGAGUAUUAUGUGUAGCAGUAUUUAUUUGCACAUCUGAAUUGUCUGAUCUGUCAAACUAUAGUUGGAGUUUUAGCUCCGUUUAACUCUGAGACAAUCAUAACGCCGUAUCGCCUUGACCUUUGAUCGAUGACUCGUCGUCGAUGUAUUUCUGUCUUAAAAACUACUCAUAAUGCAACCACAAGCACCUCAGGAGUUACCAGAUUAAGUAAUUCCAAUCCAGUUGCUGCCUACACAUUUUACACAGUUGUUGAAAGCCAGUCAGCGUCCUCCCCUCCUCAGAAAAACUCAGAGGUGCUAUAACGUGUAAAAACAUGUUUUUGUGCCACCGAAGGGGAGGACAGCUUUCUAAUCCUUCGUAGAUAUUGUGACGUUUUAAGUUUUUAAAUGACAGAAAAUUGUGUUAACAUUCCUGAAUGUGAAACGCAGGACUAUGCUGCAAAGGAGUAUGAAUUGAGUGUACUAUAUUUUCUGCUGUGUACAGUUUUUCAAGAAUAAACAUUUG